AUGAAGCCGGGCACCCUCAAGUCUCGGCGAGGCAGCGCCGGAGAUGAGGAGGAGGCCUCCGGCGGCGCGGAGUACAGCUUCCCUCCGACGCCCCGCAAGGAGUGCUGGUGGUCGUCGGUGCUGCUCAAGGCCGUGGCGGCGCUGGUGAUCCUGAUGGCCGGCGUGCUCAUCGGGCUGGCGGCCAGGGCCAACGUGUCGCGCUACUACUACUACAGCAGCGUUGCCUCGUCGUCCUCGUCUCCCCUGCAGGCGGCAGCUGCUUCUGGUAAUGCUAACAACAAUAACAACGGCGAUGUCAGGGAAGCAGCAGCUCCAUCAAUAUUACUGGAGUUCCGGCGGUUCGUGGACCCCGGCCCGCCGUGGGGUCACUCGAUGUCGGACUCGGAGCUGUUCUGGCGCUCGUCCAUGGUGCCGCGCAUGGAGGAGUACCCGUUCCAGCGCGUGCCCAAGGUGGCGUUCCUGUUCCUGACGCGCGGACCGCUGCCGUUCGCGCCGCUGUGGGAGCGCUUCUUCCGCGGGCAUGAGGGGCUUUACUCGGUGUACGUGCACGCGCUGCCGGGGUACACCACGCGCGGGUAUUGGCGGUCGUCGCCGUUCCACGGGCGGCAGAUCCCGAGCAAGGAGGUUUCGUGGGGGUCCAUCACGCUGGUGGACGCGGAGAAGCGGCUGCUGGCGAACGCGCUGCUGGACUGGUCGAACGAGCGGUUCGUGCUGGUGUCGGAGAGCUGCGUGCCGGUGUUCAACUUCCGGACGGUGUACGAGUACCUGGUGAACUCGGCGCAGAGCUACGUGGAGUCGUACAACAUCGACGAGCCGCAGUGCGCGGGGCGGUACAACCCGCGGAUGGCCCCCGACAUCGCGGAGGAGCAGUGGCGCAAGGGGUCCGAGUGGUUCGAGCUCAGCCGGGAGCUGGCCGUGGACGUGGUGGCAGACUACCGGUACUACGCGCUGUUCCGGCGGCAUUGCACGCCGUCGUGCUACCCGGACGAGCACUACAUCCCGACGUACUUGCACCUGCGGCACGGCGCGCGCAACGCCAACCGCACCGUCACCUGGGUGGACUGGUCGCGCGGGGGGCCGCACCCGGCGCGCUUCGGCAAGUCCGCCGUCACGCUGGAAUUCGUCGCCGCCAUCCGCAAUAACGGCACGCGCUGCCUCUACAACGGCAAGCCCACCACCGUGUGCUACCUCUUCGCCAGGAAGUUCGCGCCCAGCGCGCUGGGAACGCUGCUCAACCUCACCACCACGCUCCUAGACUUCUGA